AUGUGGACCCUAGUAGGCUGGGUGGCCUUGGUGGCAGGUCUGGUGGCCGGAACACAGUGCCCAGAUGGUCAGUUCUGCCCAGUGGCCUGCUGCCUGGAUCCAGGAGGAAAUGGCUACAGCUGUUGCAACAACUCCAUUUUGGACAAGUGGCCCGCUCUGGCCACAGUACGGAGCAGGCUUCUGGGCACGUUCUGCAAGACCGAUGCCCACUGUUCAACUGGCUCCUCUUGCCUCCUCACUGUCAUAGGAAUCUCCCGCUGCUGCCCGUUACCAGAGGCCGUGUCUUGCAGGGAUGGACGCCAUUGCUGCCCCCAGGGCUUCCGCUGCAGUGCUGAUGGGCAGUCCUGUCUUCACAAACCAGAUGCCAACCCCUUGGGUGCCAUCCAGUGCCCCAAUAGCCAGUUCGAAUGCCCCAGCUCCUCUACGUGCUGCACUAUGCGUGAUGGCUCCUGGGGUUGCUGCCCUAUGCCCCAGGCUUCCUGCUGUGAAGACAAGGUGCACUGCUGUCCCCAUGGUGCCACCUGUGACCUCGCUCAGGCCCGCUGCCACUCCUCCAAGGGCACUUACCCCCUGGCCAAGAAGACCCCUGCACAGAAGAUUAAUAGGGCCGUGGCUUUGCCCACCGCUGUCAUAUGCCCUGAUGGACAGUCCCAGUGCCCUGAUGGUUCCACCUGCUGCGAGCUGCCCAGCGGGAAGUAUGGCUGCUGUCCAAUGCCCAAUGCCAUUUGCUGCUCCGACCACCUGCACUGCUGUCCUCAGGACACCGUGUGUGAUCUGAUCCAGAGUAAGUGCCUCUCCAAGGAGAAGGCCACCAGUCUCCUCGUCAAGCUGCCGGCACAUACAGUGAAAGAGGUGAAGUGUGACUCGGAGGUGAGCUGCCCAGAUAGCUACACCUGCUGCCGCCUGAGUACAGGGAAGUGGGGCUGCUGCCCUUUCACCCAGGCUGUGUGCUGUGAGGACCAUAUACACUGCUGCCCAGAGGGCUUUAGAUGUGACACAGAGAAAGGAGUGUGUGAGGAGGGGAACCGCCAGGUGCCCUGGAUGAAGAAGACCCCAGCCCACUUCAGCCUGCCAGACUCCCAAGCCUUGGGCAGUGAUGUCCCCUGCGACAACGUCACCAGCUGCCCUCCUGACAACACUUGCUGCCUCCUCUUGUCUGGGGAGUGGGGUUGCUGUCCUGCCCCAGAGGCUGUCUGCUGCCAAGACCACAAGCACUGCUGCCCCCACGGCUACACGUGCACAGAUGAGGGGCAGUGUCAGAUGGGGGACAGGCUAGUGGCUGCACUGAAGAAGACGCCUGCUCGCCGGGCCUCCCUCUCCCAUCUCACAGACACCACCUGUGACCAGCACACCAGCUGCCCCGUGGGACAGACUUGCUGCCCAAGCCUGAGCAAGGGCUGGGCCUGCUGCCAGUUGCCCCACGCCGUGUGCUGUGAGGACAGGCAGCAUUGCUGCCCGACCGGGUACACCUGCAAUGUGAAGGCCCGCACCUGUGAGAAGGAGGUGGGCUCUGCCCAGCUCGCCCCCGACUCGCCCCAUACCCCUCACGUGGACGCAGGGGACGUGGCGUGUGGGGACAGCCACUUCUGCCAUGAUAACCAGACCUGCUGUCGAGACAGCCGUGGGGGCUGGGCCUGCUGUCCCUACCGCCAGGGCAUCUGUUGUGCUGAUAAGCGUCACUGCUGUCCCUCUGGCUUCCGCUGUGGGUCCAGGGGCACCAAGUGUUUGCCCAGGGAGAGCCUGUCCUGGGACAUUCCCAGGAGGAGCCCACCACAGAGACAGCUGCUGUGA